AUUAUGUUUCCGUCCAGUAGUCAAAGACGCUACUGGAUGUUUCCGGACCACCAGUCUGUAGUAGCUAAAAGAGUAGAAGCAAACGAGCAUUUUAAAGAAAGAAAUAAGGAAAGUGGAUCAACAUUUCUGUCUGCUGACGAAGAGUUGACACUGUGUAACUGGUACACGAACAAAUUGAUAGAAAUGACAGGCCAGUUUCGUCCUCCUCCUCCAGCAUCAGUGUUGGGCACAGCGGUGACAUAUCUGAAGCGAUUUUAUCUAAACAACUCGGUGAUGGAUCAUCAUCCUAAAGAUAUUAUGCUGGCGUGCCUUUACAUGGCAUGCAAAGUGGAGGAAUACAAUGUCACUAUCGAGCAAUUUGUUUGCAUCUUACCAGUGAGUGAGAGGCAAACAGCGGCCGAGUAUGUACUAAGAAAUGAGUUGAUGCUGCUUCAAGCUCUCUGUUUCCAUCUUACUGUUCACAAUCCUUACCGUCCUCUUGAAGGUUUCUUAAUUGACAUGAAGACUCGAUCACACAUAUCUGUGACUCAAAUUGAGUCUCUCCGGGCUUCUACAGAACUGUUCUUGCAGCAUUCACUUUUCUCUGAUGCUAGUCUGCUUUUUGCUCCAUCUCAGAUCAUUCUGGCUGCUCUCUUACAUUCAGCAUCAUCUGCUAAUACGGAUCUAAACAGCUACUUGUCGACACUAUUUCAUGGUAGUGGGAAAGAAGAGUUUCUUCAUGACAAAGUGAAAACUAUCCAGAGAAUGGUGACAUCAUCAGUACGAACUAGUGAACAAGAGGCUGUUCGUAUUCAAGAGAAGUUGAAAGCAUGUCAGAAUCCGGAGCUAAACCCCGACAGUCAGCAGUAUAGAGAGAGAGCAGAGCAGUAUGAAAUGGAGAGUUCAGAAGAACUAUGAGCUGCAGAAAGACAUGCUGUAAGCGGGGAAGACAUAACAUGUGCAUGAACAUGUCACAUGAUAUAUAUCGCGUGUCAUAUCACAUU